GUGCCAAUCAGUGAAUAAAAGUAACCGGCUCAACGCGUGGCACUCCAAACUUCGACCCUUUACAUUGGUGCACGUACGCAUAGCGCAUGCACGUAGGUCUAUCGAUUGUCAACAAACCUUGUCUGAUUCUUGUACGGAAACUUCUGUUUUUGUCGCCAUAGCCAGGGAUAACUACCAUUCAGGCAAGUAAGCACAGUAACAUCCGGACUUUGUCUCUUUCCUGGAGUUGUGUGGCUGCCAGAAACGGGGUGAAACAGAGUUGAGUUGUGCUGCGUGGAGGGCACUUCGUUGCAGACGGGAACUUUUUUCCACGGGAGUUAUUUGGACUGAGCGGGUCGGACGCAGUGUCUCGGGCCGUGUCUGACGGGGGAGCUAUGGGGAUGGACUCGAGGUUUCUAGUACUACUCCUCGGAGUUUUGAGCGUGUGUUUACCAGCUGUCUGCCAGGCUUGUCCUCUAGGCUGCCUGUGUUUCCGGACCACCGUGAGGUGUAUGCACCUGGAACUCACGAGGAUUCCCCAAGUGGAUAAUGAAACCAAGAUUUUAGAUUUGCGGUUCAAUCAAAUCGCAGAGAUCCCGCCCGGUGCAUUCUCCAGUCUGACAGCACUCAACACUCUCCUCCUGAAUCACAACAACAUCAGGAGGAUACCCAGAGGAGCGUUCGAUGGACUGCAUCAUCUUAAGUAUCUCUAUCUUUACAAGAAUAGAAUAACGGAUAUUGACAGUCGAGCCUUUGAUGGUUUAGUCAACCUGGAGCAGCUGUAUCUGUACUCCAAUGAGAUUCAGGAACUCAAGCCGGGAACUUUUAGUAACCUGCCCAUGCUGGAGAGACUGUUUUUGAACAAUAACAAUUUGACCUCCAUAUACACCGGCACCUUCCAAGGACUUGAUUCGCUAAAAAGGCUACGGUUAGAUGCAAACAAGCUGAUGUGUAACUGUAAGCUAAUAUGGCUGAUUGAAAUGCUGAAGCAGGCUAGUCAUCAACGACACACGCAGGCGGCCGCGACCUGCGAGUAUCCGCGGAACCUACGCUCCAGAAACCUGAUGGAUAUAUCACCAGAGGAACUCAACUGUAGAAGACCUCAUUUUGUUGUAGAACCUAGUGACGUUGACGCAGUUGAAGGUAAUAACGUGUACUUCAGCUGUCGAGCCAUGGGCGACCCAGAACCAGAAAUAGUCUGGCUGCAUAACAGCGUAGAAAUUACCGCCGCAACGUUGAACACCGUUGACAGUAAAUACAGUAUUCUAAACGAUGGCACAUUGAUGAUCCAGAAUGCAAGUGGUGAUGACGAGGGAGAAUAUGAGUGCACGGCGCGCAACGCCGUCGGAGAAACAACAUCGGAGAGGGUCAAUCUACGAUACUUCGGUUCUCCAAAGGGCCCCACCUUUAGCCAAGAACCCACUGACACGGAGGUCAAGCAAGGGACAACAGUCACCCUUGACUGUUCAGCCAACGGCUACCCGCGUCCAACCAUCGUCUGGACACGACACGGACAAAGCGUCGUUGACGACCCUCGCUUUACCCUCCUUGCGUCAGGAUCCCUUCACAUCAGCAGCGUGCAGCCGCCAGAUCGUGGCGACUACACGUGUACCGCUACAAAUCAAGCUGGCUCUAGAACUGCUUCCGCUACCCUCAGCGUCACCGUUCCUCCAACUUUUGAAGUGACCCCCCAGUUCCUCUCAGCGAUAGAGGGCAGCACAGUGGAGUUGUUUUGUCAAGCGACUGGUUACCCUCUCCCCGUCAUUGCAUGGCGUAAAGAUGGUGGUUUGUUACCAGAUAGUCGUCGGUAUUUGUCCCUGGCCAGCGGCACACUACGCAUCGUACGAGUCACCCGUGAAGAUGAAGGCAACUAUGAUUGCUACGCAGUCAACUCGGCGGGCAGCAUACAAACCACAGCACAGAUUGAAGUCAGACCAAGGGUUCCACCCGUUUUCACCCAGUCGCCCAGUGACCUGCAGGUAGUCAUCCGGGCUACUAUCCGCCUCCCCUGCUCAGCUUCUGGUGACCCUACGCCCGUCAUCACGUGGAGUAAAGACGGGAUCCAGAUCCCAGAGAGCAACAAAUACACCAUCAGUAGCGAAGGCCAUCUGGUCAUUCAUAACAUUAGUCCUGAUGACGAGGGAAGAUUUGAAUGUGCAGCCAGGAAUAGUAUCGGUUAUGCUGCUACCAGUAUGCUGCUUACUGUGGAUGCCCCUGAUGAGGAUCGUGAAGGGGACCAAUUCGUAGGUGAUUCCAUCACCCAAGCCAUUAAUAACGUGGACCGCGCCAUCAACGAGACGAGACGCGAGUUAUUUGAUCGCUCCAAGCCGCGUACCCCCAGCGAUCUCCUGACGCUGUUCCGCUUCCCCUCCAUGGAGGCGAUGAGUAUCGCGAGAGCUGCCGAGGUAUUUGAGCAGACGCUGCAAUUGAUCCACGGUCACAUUGAGAGUGGAAUGAAAGUCAACUUAACCGGAGUUGAGUACACCUAUGAUGACUUGGUAUCUCGGCCGUUUCUGAAUCUCAUUGCCAACCUGUCCGGUUGCACCACCCACUCCAAGAUCGUCAACUGCUCAGACAUCUGCUACCAUCGCAAGUACCGUACCCACGACGGUACCUGUAACAACCUGCAGAAUCCUGAGUGGGGGGCGUCGCUGACACCCUUCCGACGACUCCUCAGACCCAUCUACGAGAACGGGUUUAACACACCUGUUGGUUGGAAUCAGUCUCAUCUGUAUAAUGGUCACCCCAAGCCUAGUGUCCGCAAAGUAUCGUUGGAGGUUAUGUCCACAGCGACGGUUACGAACAGCGAUAAGUUCUCCCAUAUGUUGAUGCAGUGGGGUCAGUUCCUAGACCAUGAUAUGGAUUUCACCGUGACCAGUCUGAGUCGCGCGCGAUUCAGCGACGGCGUGGAGUGUAAGGAUACCUGCGAGAACCAGCCACCGUGUUUCCCGAUCAACGUACCUGACGAUGAUCCGCGUAUCCGACGCAUGCAGUGUAUGGAGUUUACGCGGUCUAGCGCGGUUUGUGGUAGCGGCAGCACGUCGGUGUUUUUUAAUUCCGUCAUGCCGCGCGAGCAGAUCAAUCAAAUCACGUCGUACAUCGACGGCUCUAAUGUUUACGGCAGCACGAAAGGACAAGCUGAUAAUCUCAGGGACUACACUAAUAAUCUGGGCCGUCUCAAAGCAGGACCGAUUGUCGAAUCAUCCGGGAAACGUCUUCUUCCCUUCAAUCGCGAUACGCCCAUCGAUUGCCAGCGUGAUGUGAACGAAAGCCCCAUCCCGUGUUUCCUCGCCGGUGACUUCCGUAACAACGAACAACUCGGCCUACUGUCCUUACACACGCUGUGGUUCCGUGAGCACAACCGUAUCGCCGAUGAACUCCUUAAGAUCAACCCACACUGGGACGGCGAGAAAAUCUUCCAGGAGACCAGAAAAAUCAUCGGUGCUUCCAUGCAACACAUCUCGUACAGUCACUGGCUACCUAAGGUCCUCGGCUCACAGGGUAUGGACUUACUAGGUUCCUACAACGGUUACAAUCCAAAGACCAAUGCUGCAAUUGUCAACGUCUUCGCAACGGCAGCAUUCCGAUUUGGACACAGUUUAAUCCAGCCUAUCCUGAGGAGGUUAAACUCAACGUAUCAGACCAUCGAGCUGGGAGAUCUCCCCUUACACAAAGCGUUCUUCUCUCCUUACCGCAUCGUAGAGGAAGGCGGUAUCGACCCCAUCCUGCGGGGACUCUACACCUCUCCUCUCAAGGAACCUAAACCUGAUGAGAUGAUGAACACGGAGCUAACGGAACGUCUCUUCCAAAUGGCCCACGAGAUCGCCCUUGACCUCGCCUCCUUGAACAUCCAAAGGGGGCGCGACCACGCCCUGCCCGGUUACAACGACUGGCGAGUCUUCUGCAACAUGUCCGCCGCUCAGACUUUUGAUGAUCUCCGCGAGGAAAUCUCCAACGAUGACGUCAGAAGCAAGUUGGAGAACCUCUACCAUCACCCGGGCAACGUGGAUCUCUUCGUGGCCGGUUUAGCUGAGGAUCCCGUAGAGGGCGCCCUUUUAGGUCCCACGUUCACUUGUAUAUUGGCAUUGCAAAUGAAACGACUGCGUGCGGGAGACAGAUUCUGGUACGAGAACCCAGGUACCUUUGAGCCCGAUCAGUUGACGCAGAUCAAGCAGAUUUCCUUGGCUCGUAUCGUCUGCGACAACGCCGAUUACCUCCACAAUAUUCCUGAAGAUCUCUUUCACAAGAACGACUACCCGGUUGACUUCAGACAAUGCCAUGAUAUUCCAUCCAUCGACCUCAGAAUGUGGGCCGAGUGCCCGGAAGAUACAGCACUUGCCGGAACUAUUCAGCGUAGUCCACGUUUCCAUGAUCUGGUUGUGUCCAGUUUGACAGUUGGUAGCGUGUCCCGAUCACGUCGUUCCGUGGACAAGUUUUCUGCUCCUUCACAAUGGACCAACACCUCGACCCCAAAACACCACCGUCCAGACAAGAACCGCCACAAAUCCUUCAUCGCUCCGUCAGGGAUGAAAGCAUCGGCGACUGAAGAAGAAACGACGACCACAAUCCUGGAGGAGCUUGACCUGGAUGAGAGGACGACGUAUCUGGAAACCGUGGUGAUUGAUCUACAAGACACCAUCCAGACCAUGCAAUCAACGAUCAGUGAAAUGUCUAAGCAGUUGAAAUCCCUCCGGAAGGAACGGAAAAAACACCCCAAAAAUCGGCAUAUUUGAUGAUAAGACGGCAAAACACACGUUCAUCACCUGGAGUAAUUUUCCUUUUUUUCAGAAACUCGUUCCUAUCAAGAUAGGAACUUUUACUCUUAAAUGUUGUGUAUUAUCCUACUGCAGGUUUUUAUUGUGGUUUAAGUUUGUUUUAUUUAAAGAAAUAAACAAACUUUGUUUUAAAUGUAAUUUUAAUGAUCUAACGAGGGCUCUUAUCUAUACGCCGGUGGAAAGAAUUCUAGUCACAGCUUCGAAUUAAACUCAUUUUUUGGUCUGAAAUGCACUCAUUUUUGAAAGUUUGUUGUGAUCUUGUUUUAAUUUAUGAUGUUGGAAAAUUCUUUUCUGCUUUUUCUGUGGAUGUAUAGUCAGGGCCCUGGUUAUAGACUGCUGGGUGGUGCUACAGUACAUAGAGUUUGUAUUGUCUUCAAUGGGAGACACCUGGGUUUAAGACCGGCAGGUCUCCAAAAGUGUCCAUGUAUAUUGUUUGUCAACAAAUUAACUGUUUAUUCCAAUAUAUAAAACUGAUCAUUCUAUUAAAGCCCCAAGUUUGAAAGCAAGGGCAUUAGUUGCAAUUUAUCUUUCUCAUUCACUUUUGAAAUCGGAGAUAAAUGAAAGAUUUAAGAUUAAACAAUUUCAUUUGAGAUUUAGCGAUGUCCAACUUCAUGUAGAUUAGUGUGAAAAUGUGGAACUAGUUUAUUUUAAACGAAGCAAGAUACAUGGACAUUUGCAAGUCACUUUGUACAUAAUUGUUUUAAUUGGUAAGUUUCUGUUCAGCCGCGAAGUUUUUAAGUAUCGUUAUUUUCUUAAAAACUCUGUCGCUCUGGUAAGCGACUGGAAAUUCUCCAACUAACAAGUAAAAUCAUGAAUGGAAGAAUGUCUUGCCAUGGCAAGGUGAAAAACAUUUUUUUGGGGGGGUGGAUUUAUCUUUUCAAGGGACAUUGUUAUAUAUAUUAUGACAAAUGUAUGUGUUUAUGGUACUAAGGUCGAAAGACCUUAUUUGUUUGUUUUACAGCGGUGCUAUUUAGGGAAUACGCAUUUUAAUCGCCAAGUUUUUAUCAUUUCUUU